CUAGCGGGGGUCAUCUAGACCCAACCCUCUUUCCUGCCUAUGCAGGGGGCCGGACUCGCUGAUCUAUUGAGGUCCCUUCCGACCCUAACAUCUGUGAAUCUAUAUUCUGAAAGCUGCCUCAAAUUUAACUUGUUUUAAAGCGAUGCUAAACUGAGCUUCCUCAUUUAUGACAAUUUCUUGAAGUACCAAGGUAGAGGGAGAGGUACUGGAAUAUCUUUGCAAUAUGAAUGCCUUUCCCAGGUGAUGUCCCUACAAGAAAUAUCAAAUUGUCAAACUGGGGGGCAAAUGCAAAGUUUCCACAAAGCAUUAUGUGCUGAUGGUGCAUAUCUUAUUUUAUUUCAAGAUGGCAUUACCUAAAUAAUGUUUAUUAUUUAUUUAGGGGCAAGACCACUUAAAUCAUGCUAAGUCUGGCUGGCAUAAUACAAAGUCCUGGAAAUAUUAGAUGGCUGUUUUAAUAAUCUCUCUAUCUCUCAUGCAGGUUAGCUGAAGAAUUGCAUAUGCCUUCCCUCCCAGAAAUGAUGUUUGGGGACAACAUCCUAAGAAUUGUGCACGAUUAUGGCUUUGGAAUUGAGUUCAAUGCAACAGAUGCAUUAAAAUGUGUAAAUAACUACCAAGGCAUGAUCAAAGUGGCUUGUGCAGAGGAGUGGCAAGAGAGCAGGACCGAAGCUGAACAUACUAAGGAAGUUGUUAAGCCAUAUGACUGGACUUACACAACGGACUACAAAGGAACGUUACUAGGAGAUGCUGUAAAAUUAAAGGUGGUUCCUACAACAGACCAUAUAGACACAGAGAAAUUGAAAGCCAGGGAACAGAUAAUGUUUUUUGAAGAAGUUCUCCUUUUUGAAGAUGAGCUUCAUGAUCAUGGAGUUUCAAGUCUGAGUGUAAAAAUAAGAGUCAUGCCUUCCAGCUUCUUUGUGUUGUUGAGGUUUUUCUUGCGAGUUGAUGGUGUGCUUAUCAGGAUGAAUGAUACAAGGCUAUAUCAUGAGGCUGAUAAAUCCUACAUGAUACGAGAAUACACAUCUAGAGAAAGCAAAGUGUCAAGCUUAAAGCAUGUUCCACCUUCCCUGUUCACGGAGCCUAAUGAAAUUUCUCAAUACUUACCUGUAAAGGAGACUGUGUGCGAGAAGCUAGAAUUCCCAGCGAAGGUGGAUCCUGAGCCUACCCCUUCACCAGAAAGCACGUGCAUGGAAUCUAAAUCAGUGUGACUUUAUGUGGACUUGAAGUGGCCCCCAUUCUGGAGACCAUAUGGUCAUAUGUCAAUUACCAUUGGCAUGGUUUCACUAUUUGUGGAAUAAAAAGAGUUUGGCUAAUUUUUCUGUAGCCCUAAAAUGUAAUUUCAGGCAGGUUUCACUAAUGUGUUUUAUUUUAUUUUUUAAUUUCAAACCUGCAUCUGAAAUUAAUAAUAGACUGAUGAUAAACCGGAGUCUUAAUUGGCUCGGGAGAAUAGACUCCCCACCCUCCCUAGUAGUUUUUGUUCUCUUUUUAGUUUAGACAUUUGGUAUGUUGCCUGAACCCUCCGUUACCAGUGCUCUGCAUGAAGAAAUUUUUGCUCCUGCUAUCAAAAGGCAAAUAUCAUUCACAGAAUCAAGCCUCUAUUUUUAUACAGGGUUCUUCUACAAAAGAUUUUUUUCUCUGUGGUGUGUAUGGUUGAGCUUCAGUUCUCCCUUAGAAAACUUGCUUGGCUCCUUGGGUACAAGCUGACAAACCUGUGUAAGUACUUUCUCUGAAUUUUAAAUCCACAUAUCUUAUAAGAGGCUAUUAAGUCUUUUAGUCACAAAUAGCUUAAAAAUAGCAAUGUGCAAAGUAUUAGUGUCAGACACUACUGAACGGUAAAAGCUACCUUGUUUAGGAGCUGCUAGCUAGGAGCUAAGAGACAGGUAGAGGUUAGCAAAAAGCUACACAGUGGCAAGUUUGUCAAAUACUAAUUUUCUCUGAGGUCAGUCAGCUCAGCCUCUCAAGGUGCCACUAGCAUCUGUGGGUCUUCCAUGGGUUAGGUGUGCUGCUGACACAGUGCUUGGUUAUGGAAAUGCUUUGUACUUUUGCCUUUUUGGCAGCUAUGCCAUGUAGUUGGUGCCAAUUUAAACUGAUUAUACUGCUCUGAGAAUCAAACAGCUAAAUUCCUGGGAUUCUUAGAGAACAAAACCAAACAAAAUUCCAGUUCCUAAAUGGGAUGAGGAUUGACAGUUUAAGAGAUGCAGGGGUUUAUCUAGCCUUAAAGGAACACUGUCUAAUGUUCCAGGCCUGAAACUUUUUUUGUCCUGCUGUAAAUCUUGCUAUGAACAGAAAUGCAUUCAUUUACAUUUUAAUUAUCCUGUUCAAACUCAGUACCGUUUUGUAGCUAGAAACACUUACCCUGUAUUACAGUAAACACUCCUGCUAUGGCAUGAGAACCAGGAAGUUAAACCGAUUGGUUUAGUUUCGUUACUUAGGUUGAAUGGAGUACAGGAAGCAAAUGCUGGGUGUGGCAAAAAUACCUCUGUUAAAUUGAUUUACUAGUCAAAGGUGGUAGCAAUAAUUCUGAUAUGGGAAACAUUUGAAUGUCAUCAUCUUGUAAACAAGCAUGUAUUUCUUAUUGUCUCUUUGCAUUUAAAAUAUGCAAUGUAGAGUGGGCCCAUCUUGAUGAGAUUUAAUUUUUUUAAGUGGAAAACCAAAAUAAUUAUAACUUAAAAAAAUAGUUUUUAAGAUGACAAUAACUUUUUAAAGAAAGCUACAGGCAUCUUAAUGACAGCUAUUGUUGUUCUGAAGAUUCACCUUACCCUUUUAGUGGGGCAGUAUGGGCUGGUAGGUAGAGCCUGGGACCGAAAGGCAGGAAUUCAAA